AAGGCCCUAAGACUCGCAUUAAAAAAAAUGAGAAACUGAAUCUCCGUACCUCUCGCAUGCAAAUCGGAAAUCCAGUAAUCCACCAUUGUAGCUAGCUACAUUGAGAUCGAAAUCAGCCACCAUAACCAUGGACCACGACGGCGGCAGCAGCCUCCACACUCGAUCUAAAGCAGCACCGGAUUGGACCGUAGAGGAAUCCCUAAUUCUAGUCAACGAGGUUACCGCCAUUGAAGCUGAUUGUCGCGACACACUAUCCUCUUUCCAGAAAUGGAAGAUCAUAGUGGAGAAUUGCAAUGCAUUGGGCGUCAAUCGGAACCUCAACCACUGCCGGAGAAAAUGGGACUCGUUGCUGUCCGAUUACAAAAAAAUCAAACAGUCAGGUUCCAAGAAAGCCAGCUUCAAUUCUGAAUUGUUCAAAGGGAUCGAACGCUACGUUAGGGACUUCGAGGGUGGUGGUUAUGACACUGAGGCGGAUACUGAUACCGAUGCACCGCCUGCUUUUGUUCUACAAUCUGAUCUAUUGAAUCAAAGGUCCAAGAUGACAGCACCUCAGAAACAUAUAGUAGAAGUGAAAUCAAAGCCAACAAGAAGUCUGAAAAGUGAGAACAAUGAUAUUGAGGAAUGCAGUUCAGAGCACCAAGUGGAUCAUCACACACAUAGGUUAAAUGAAAGUAAAAGGUUUGUUGAAGUUAGUAAGUUGGAUCAUGAACAUAACAUGGGUGAGAAACUGAGGGAAAAUGCGGAAAUGAUCGAAGCUAUAGUUAACAAUGGCAAUGGAGCAAAUGAUUUAACUAGGAUCAAUGGUGAUAAGAUUAGUAUUUGUCUCGAUAAUCUAGCAGCCGCCCUUGACGAGCUUUGCAGAUUGCAAACUGAUUCAGUAGUGUAGGGUUUAUUUUGAAGUCUAGUUUUGUGUCCGCGGUCUUGUUAGGUUAGUUUGAUGUGUUUUCUUGGAAUGAUCUGUACUUGUUGGUUUGACCAUGAAACUUUUAUGUAAGAUAUUAACUUAAUAUAAUGUCAGACUGGUUAAAUCGA